AUGGAUGACAUUAUCAACAGAGUUGGCAGGUAAUUGGAGCUCUUAAAGGUUACCCUGUGGGACGCGGGUGGCGCUGUGGUCUAAACCACAGAGCCUAGGGCUUGCCGAUUGAAAGGUCAGCGGUUCGAAUCCCCGUGACGGGGUGAGCUCCUGUUGCUCUGUCCCAGCUCCUGCCCACCUAGCAGUCUGAAAGCACGUCAGAGUGCAAGUAGAUAAAUAGGUACCGCUCCAGCGGGAAGGUAAACGGCAUUUCCAUGCACUGCUCUGGUUCUCCAGAAGCAGCUAAGUCAUGCUGGCCACAUGACCCGGAAGCUGUAUGCCGGCUCCCUCAGCCAGAAAAGCGAGAUGAGCGCCACAACCCGAGAGUCGUCAGCGACUGGACCUGGUCAGGGGUCCCUUUACCUUUAAGUUUACCCAGCUAUUGAUAUACCCCUAAUUAGGGUGAUCAACUUGCUUUUUGAUAAUACUUUAUUCUCAGGAAGUCAGUCUAAACAUUUUGGGAUUGCCCUGCCCUUCAAGAAAGUAGGGUAAGGAAGGUGGCUCCUAGACCAAAGGUGCUUUUUCCUGUGUGAUGUGAGGGAGAAGAGAAAGAACAAUUCAGCUCUGUCUGAGCACCAUCAGAUCAAGGUAAAAAAGGUAAAGGACCCCUGGACGGUUGAGUCCAGUCAAAGGUGACUAUGGGGUUGGGGUGCUCAUCUUGCUUCAGGACGAGGGAGCCACCGUUUGUCCACAGACAGCUUUCUGGGUCAUGUGGCCAACAUGACUAAACCGCUUCUGGCACAACGGGACACUGUGACAGAAAUCAGGGUGCACGGAAAUGCCAUUUACCUUCCUGCCGUAGCAGUACCUAUUUAAUAAUAAUAAUAAAUUUUAUUUAUAUCCCGCCCUCCCCAGCCGAAGCCGGGCUCAGGGCGGCUAACAACAAUAAAAUAAUACAACAUUCUAAAAUCAUUUCAUUAUAAAAUUAAUUCAAAUCAAAUUGAUGGCAACCAUUGGGCUAGAGUUCUGUGAGGAUUGCCAAAGGAGGGGGUCAGGCUGUGCCUUGGCCAAAGGCCUGGUGGAACAGCUCUGUCUUGCAGGCCCUGUGGAAAGAUGUCAAGUCCCGCAGGGCCCUAGUCUCUUGUGACAGAGCGUUCCACCAGAUCAGAGCCACAGCCGAAAAAGCCCUGGCUCUAGUUGCGGCCAGCCUAACCUCUCUGUGGCCUGGGACCUUCAAGAUGUUUUUGUUUGAAGACCGUAAAUUCCUCUGUGGGACAUACCAGGAGAGGCAGUCCUACUUUAUCUACUUGCACUGGUGUGCUUUUGAACUGCUAGGUUGGCAGGAGCUGGGACUGAGCAACGGGAGCUCACCCCGUCUCAGGGAUUCGAACCUUUUGAUCAGCAGGCCCAAGAGGCUCAGUGGUCUAGACAAGCACUGAGGUAGCGGGGAAUGAUACUAUGAGCAACUAUGAGUAUAUACAGUAAUUCUGAAAAAAAUAGGAAGAGAAACAAAGACAAAAAGGAGCAAUUCCAAGAAUAAAGGGGGAUUAUUUAUGACAAAUCCCAAGAGUCCUUACGUACUUCCUUCUACUUGUCACUUAUUAAGGGUUAUUUAUGACAUUUUUUGAUCCUGAGUAUGACAAGGAUAAGGAAAGAACCGCAUCUUAUGACCUGUGAAACAUGAGGUUAAUUUUUGGAAUAAAUUACAGGUCCCUUACUCUGUGUGCUGUUCUAGAUGAGUGGUUCCCAAAUCUCCCCAUCUUCCUGAGGGUUUUGGCAGACCACUUAACAAUGUGGUCUGUCAAGUAAUGUGCUAUAUGAUUUCUAAUUGUAUUUUGACACACAAGCUGUGGACUGUCUGAAUGAAGCUUGUGAAACCAAGGCUCGCCCAUAUUGCCUAUUCCCUUGUUGUAGUUUUUGUUAUUGCUGCUGGAGGUUUUUUGCACAUUCAUGGUAUCCUCACCACUAAUGGCGUUAUCCAACCAUAUCAUAGUAUUGUGUUUUCAUUCAUGUUUGUCACUGGGCUUAUUUUUCCUUCCCUCGCAGUAACCAACAAGACAAAAACGAGCAAGCUGAGGAGAAGAACAGACUCCAAGAACUAAAUGAGCAGGUCAAAGAGAUCAGCGAACUUCAGGAGCCAAAUUUCAAAGGCGAUAAACCCCCAGAGGUAUCUGAGCAGGAUCAGGAGAACACGCCACAAAACUUAUUUGACCAGACCGAUGAGAGCAGUGAACUUGCAGCGCUAGAUCUUGAAGAAAUUAAAAUCCAAGAUCUAUCUGAGCAGGUUGACGAGUACAAGCCAGAAAACCUAAUUGAGCAGGCUGAAGAGAGCAGUGAACUUACGGAGCCAAAUGUCGAGGACAAUAAAGCCCAAGAACUAGCUGAGGAGCAGGACCAGAAGAACAAGCCACAAGGCCCAGAUGAGCAGGCCAACGAUGAUAAUCCUCAAGAUCUAAAGGACAGGGUUGAGGAACGUGUGAAAACAUCACUGCUGCACCUCCCUGGUAAAGAGCCCUCCCUGUAUCCUCUUUCCAGGAUACCAGAUUUUUAUUUGGCAGAACUGCAGGAUGGACUACAAAUCUCCCCUGCCUCUCAACCUCAAUUGGAUGAGUAAGUAACAUUCUGGCAUUGUGGCAGAAAUCUUGUGCUUCACAUUUGAUUCCUUAAGUUGUCCCUAGCAUUGCCAACUUCAGCACCAAGUGGCAGCAUCCAGCACCAUCCUUUGUGUGAGGAAUGUCCCAAAUGGAUUUACGUUAAUUUAUUAACUUAUAAAGAGAAUUAUAUGAAAAUGAUGUAUAGGUGGUAUUUAACACCGGUUAAGUUGGCAAAAAUGUACAAAACUAGAGAAAAUAAGUGUUGGAAAUGUAAAGAGGUAGAAGGUACGUUUCAUCAUAUGUGGUGGCAACGUAAGAUUAUUAAAAAAUUAUGGGAAAUGAUAUAUAAUGAGGGGGGGGGAGUUAAGAAUAACCUUUGUUUAAAAAAACCAGAAGCCUUUUUAUUAGGUAUUACAGGAAUGGAUCUACCUAAAGAAUAUAAGAAUUUGUUUAUGUAUGCAACAACGGCCACCCGGAUAUUGCUAGCCCAGCAUUGGAAAGAAGAAGUCAUCCCCACCGAGGAAGAUUAGCAAAUUAAGUUAAUGGAGUAUGCUGAAAUGGCUAAAUUAACCAGGAAACUUAGAAAUCAAGAUGACAACAAAUAUAAAAAAAUGGGAAAUGUUUAUUGCAUAUUUACAAAAGCAAUGUACACAAGUUAAUAUAUUAGCAGGAUUAAAACAACAACACUUGAAAUGUUAUAGACAAGGUUUAAAAUUGGAGGUAAUCAGAGAUAAAGACUUUGUUGACAUGCAUGAAUCAAAAUAAUACAAAGGAACCAGGAUGGAAGGGGAAGGAAGUUGGGGGAUUCAAGUAAUCCCAUAAUAUUGAUUCAAUACUGACUGUGUAUAUAGUUGUUUGAAAUGUUUUAUUUUAUGCUUCUUUCUUUAAUGCAAGGUCUUUGUUUUUGUGAGAAAUAAUUUUUUUUGUAUAAUAUUUUUAUUAUCUUGCUAACCAUUGCUCUCUUUUUUGGUAAAAGUAACAUGAAGGGCUGGUAUUCACAUCUUGGGGUGGGAGGAAAGUGUUGUGGGUGCCAGCGUGAAACAGCAGCUGUGAGCAGCAAACAAGGAGAAGAGGUGAUGGUACCCUGUUCUGGUGAGUACUGUCAGGGCCGACUUUAACAUAUGCGCCGCAAGGGUGCAAAGAUCUGCCCAGCGCCCCCAAAUUUAGUUAAUUUCGUGUGAAUGGUGCCAUUGAGAAUGACAAGUGCCACCAUUGAGUCUGACAAACGCCGCCAUUGUGAAUGACAAGCACUGGCGCGGCGUGACUUUGGUAAAUGAGCGCACAAAGUCUAAAGUCCUUUAGUGAAACAGUAGGUAUACAUUUUGGUAAUACCUAGGUAUAUAUGUAUUUUGUUUUUCUAGCUUGAUCAAAAUUAUUAUUUCAUAACAGGUAGAUAGUUAAGAGCUUAGUGGUUUCAGCGGCAGGCAUCCGGCGCCCCCCAGAAUUCAGCACUCGGGUGUCCCACACCCCUUGCACCCCUGGGUAAAUACGGCCCUUAGUACUAUCACAAAACAAGGUUUUAAGAACUCCAGAGACCCUGCAUGAGCUCAACCAGUAGCUUUGUAUGGGUGUAAAAUAGGAUGAGGGACAGAACCAUAGCUGUCAACUUUUCCCUUUUCUUGCGAGGAAUCCUAUUCGGAAUAAGGGAAUUUCCCUUAAAAAAAGGGAAAAGUUGCCAGCUAUGGACAGAACAGAUCCCCGAGCAGCUGCCACCCAGCUCAAAUGCCAGGGGGUGUGUUAAGUUGUGGGCGAACAUAUCAGAUGACACAGCGAUUCUUCCAAAGCAGCUCUUUAUUUGUAACCUGGAACAGAACUAACUGAGGAGCUCAGUCAGCCUGCUUAUAUAGAGCUCCAGAACAAUUGUAACUGUUGCAACUUUCUAAAACUAUCCAAUCACAGAACGUCACUUUUCGAUCCUUCAUUUGCAUACAAACUAUCCAAUCACUGAACGUCACUUUCGAUCCUUCAUUUGCAUAACUAUCUACAGUAUGCCCCUGCUGGCCCAGGGUGAGAACAUCAGUACAUAACAGGGUGAGCUAAAAUUCCUCUUGUCUGGGCUGAACUGUAAGCUGCUGUCCGAGAUGAGCGAGGACCUGGGAAGGAAGCCAGUGGGUCAGAGCUGCAGCAUUAAGUCAGAAAUUGGGAUGAAAGAGUGAGCCAAAUAAAACACAGGGAAAGCUAAGUAGGCCUCGUUGCUCAGGCAGCAUCUAAUUCUAACAGGAAGCUAGUUAUAAUCCUGUAAAAGAGGCUCAAAAGGCCACCCAUUCUUAACUACUUAGGCAAACGCUCCAAAAAAUAGCAGAACCACCCAAGAAUAUUGUCCGCAGUUACUGAUACCAAAUGCUGCUGUGAGAUCCAAGUGAAUCAACAGCGUCAUUCUGCCCCUGCCUUUCUCCUGAAGUAGGUUGACUAAGGAAGAAGCUGGCUUCCCUACCAGAGGAUUGCAAGCUAUGGGGUGGGGAAAGAAGGGUGUUUUCCUCCUUUCAGAAUUUCCUCAAUUGCACCCUGAAUUCGCUAACAUCUAAGAUGACCCUCUGCUCAGGCUAAAGCAUUGCCCUUGCUAUAAAAAGACAGUUUGAGAGGAAUAGUUUUUGUUACGUAUUCAGUGGUCUGUGUUUGCCUGAGCUUAAGUCUGGACAAAGGAUUCUGAGCACCUGCGUUCUGAUUCGAUACAUGAUGUCCAAUCACAGAAAAUUUCAGGAUUUGGGCCUCUGCCACUGGCCCUUGAACCCUGAGUCGUGAUUCGCAGCUUGGAAGUUUAGACAGCCAAUCACAUUGGGAGUGGGAGCAGCCCAGGCUUUCAGGAAUGUACAUAAGCAGUUGCUUUGCCCCUGUUUCCCAGUUUUGUAGUUCAAGAAAGGUUCUUGCUGCUAUCAAUGUGUCUUGCCUUGUGGGAACCCACCAACGCUUCAGUUUUCUUUUUCUUUCUUUUUUGUUUUAAAAAAAUUUAUUUGGUUUUACAUAUUAGAAUUUACAAUCAUACCACAACAUAUUUAAAAGUACAAGAUUCCCACAGAUCUCUGGACUUCCCACCUCCCUCUUUGUGGGUCCCAUUGUUAAGCCUUUUCUGCUACAUCUUUUAUAAUAAUCCAAAUUUUUAUAACUCCAUUAUAUCCAUAGUUCUCGUUACAUUACAAGUGUUAUUAAAAUCCCGCUAACAAUUUUAACUGUUUACAGUGAUCUCUCAGGUAAAGUAUAAAUUCCCCCCAUUCCUUAUUAAAGCUUUGAUUUUCCUGAUUUCAGAUCUUUCCGCUCAUUUUUGCCAUUUCAACGUAGUCCGUCAACUUAAUCUGCCAUUCUUCCUAUUGAGAGGAAUAGUUUUCAUUCAUGCCUGUGACUGGACUAAUUCUUUCCUCCUCCCUUGCUACAGAAUUCCACAACACCAAGCUAAAGAUGGCAAACUCCCAGACCUGAAGGAGGAGGUUGAGGAAGCUUCGGAGCGUCUGAUGGAGAAACCGACACAACAGCCUCAAGACAAAAAAUUAAAGCCGCCUUCUAUUACCACCAUUGUGGAUUUAAAACCGCAGGCCAAAAAGAAGCAGAAGGACUCCCUCUCCUACGUCUCUGCUAGAUCCACUUAUUCCAUGUAAGAAGAAGUAGAGAGCUGGGACCGAAGAUGGCCUACAGUUCAUGUCUGAGCUCAGGAACCCUCAAGUGUCCCUAUUUUCCAGGGACGGUCCUGGAUUUACAGACGCCAUCUUGGUUUCUGAUUUGAUCCCAGGAUGUCCCACUUUUCCUUAGGAUGGCCCUACUUCCAUCAGUGGAAUGUUGUAGGAUAUGGUAGGGUGUCCCUCUUUUCAUCAGAGAAAUGUUGGCGGGAAUGGAGUUAGGCAACUCACUGAACCGAGGAGAUAACUAACUAUACAACCUUUAGAAGACAUCUGAAGGCAGCCCUGUAUAGGGAAGUUUUCAAAUGUUUAAUGUUUUGUUAUGAUUUUAUAUCUGUUGGAAGCAACCUGGAGUGACUGGGGCAAUUAUUAUUAUGGAAUAGGUAAAGGUAAAGGGACCCCUGACCAUUAGGUCCAGUCGUGAGCACUCUGGGGUUGCUGUGCUCAUCUUGCUUUAAUGGCCGAGGGAGCCAGCGUACAGCUUCCGGGUCAUAAUUUAUUAUUUAUACCACGCCCAUCUGGCUGAGUUUCCCCAUGUGGCCAGCAUAACUAAGCUGCUUCUGGCAAACCAGAGCAGCACACGGAAACGCCCUUUACCUUCCCGCCGGAGCGGUACCUAUUUAUCUACUUGCACUUUGAUGUGCUUUUGAACUGCUAGGUUGGCAGGAGCUGGGACUGAGCAAUGGGAGCUCACCCCGUCGUGGGGAUUCGAACCACCAACCUUCUGAUCGACAAGCCCUAGGCUCGGUGGUUUAGACCACAGCGCCACCCGCGUCCCUAUUAUGGAAUAAGAUGCCCCUAUUUUCAUCAGAGAAAUGUUGAAGAGUAUGAAGCUGUAAAUACCCUCCUAAAGAAGGCCAUCUUCUUCUUGCAAUGAUAUAGAUACACCAAGUAUUUAUCAGAAUUAAGUUCCAAAGUGUCCUUUUUGAAGACAGAUGGAUAGAAGGAAGGAGAGAACAUUCUCUGAUGUGCUGCCAUUUUCCACAGGCGAUCUGUACGGAAUUUGCCAGUGUCUGUAAAGGUCCCUCUUCAGAGACCCCCUUCUCCCAAAGUAAAACCUGAAACUGUUGAUAAAGGAACUCAGGUAAGAUGAAUAUUGACUUCUGCCAGACCAGUUAGAUCAUGUGGGUUUACGCAGCCAAUCCAGUGCAAUGGGCAGGCGGGUUGGUAUUCCGUAGUGAUGCAUGGCAUCGUGGCAUGUUCACAGUUCAGGAAAUCAAAUCGCACAGCUCAGUGCGGCCAAUGAAGUGGCAAACAGUAUGCAGUUGAAAUGCCACUGGCAGAAUUUGAACACAUAUUGAUAAUGCUGGGUAAUAAACGGGUGCUGCUUUUAAUGGCCCCAUAAGCAGCUGCCGCGGUGGGUCCAGGCCCCUUGCAUAAUUCUUCUCUGUGGGGAUGUGUUGGCUGCUUGAAAAGUUUGCAGCAUAGCCCCCCCAACCUGUGGUGAGGUGGUGCCCCCAACCAUCCCACUGUGGCAGAGCUGGGGUCCCAUGGUCCUCCACCAGCCAGAAUGGCCAAUAGUCUGGGAUGCCUGGGAUUUCCCAGUGACAAUUAUUCACACAUAAGAACUAGUCACACCAUCUAGUAAUAUGCAGAUUGGGCUUGCCGCCUGGUCCUGGCCCCCUUCUACACCUCCCAUGUGUUCACUGUAUGCACAGUUGUUAUGGGAAUGUUAAGGAUAGUAGGAAAGGAUAUAUUGAAUAAGUAUUGUCCUUCCUUCACUCACACUAGUAACUGAUGUAGCAGAGCAGAUUCCCCUCAAUAUAGCUGGAAGCUAGUUUGCAGAUUCGUUUGAAUCUCUUCGUUAAGAUUAUUUCCUGGUGUCCCCUUUAAACCCUCUUAGAAGAAUAAAGACACAAGAGUCGCUUCUGAGUAAAGUAACAAAAAGUUUACAAUGGUACCUCAGGUUAAGUACUUAAUUCAUUCUGGAGGUCCAUUCUUAACCUGAAACUGUUCUUAACCUGAAGCACCACUUUAGCUAAUGGGGCCUCCUGCUGCUGCUGCGCCCCCGGAGCCCGAUUUCUGUUCUUAUCCUGAAGCAAAGUUCUUAACCUGAAGCACUAUUUCUGGGUUAGAGGAGUGUGUAACCUGAAGCGUAUGUAACCCGAGGUACCACUGUACUCGCAUUUCAGUUUCCCGAAAGGCAGGCUUUACUUAGUGGUUACAUAAAGAAAGAGACUGUGAGUUCAUCUCAUAUGGAGACUGAACUCAUGUGCUGCUGGCUGAGAGCCAGCAGACAGCAAAAUUGCAUUUAGAUAACAAAAUGGCUGCAGGAAAGCAGCCCAGCAGCAAAAGAACAGCAAGACAGCAAGAUCAAGACUGAGAAAAUGGCUGCAUGACUCGGCUAUUUUAUGGAGUCAGCCAAAGCCACACCCAUCUCCCAGAUCACAUGCAGUGGGAGUAUGUUCCAGACCAGUGGAACAGGAAGUUACACUGACUGGAUUUCCUCCUGCCUGUGCCCCUUCUAGGGAGAUAAGGAAUGUUGUCUUUGACUGCUCCAAUGGAUGACAUCCCACAGUUGUCACCUGAAAAUUGCUACUAUAAGGACCUCUAAGAUUGACAGUCGUAGCCGCUGUCAACUAACAAGAGUUCUUCAUAUAUUUCAACAGUGGGAUAGUGAUCAACAUUGUUUGUCAUCUUGGAAUUGUCUUUUCUCUUGGGUUGAACAGUGCAAGCUGAUGCUCAUGCGGAAAUUGCAGGUGCUUCCGAGGACGCCGUCCCCUCAGAGACGCCAUGUACAGAGAGCAAAGCCCCCAACCGCUGAUAAAGCGACCCAGGUGGGAGCCGAAAUCUUUGCAUAUAACAAGGUGAAUCCGGGGCCGGCUUACCUGUGAGGCAAGGCGAGGUAACUGCCUCAGGCAGGAGGAACCACAAAGGCAGCAGAUCUUACCUCCAAGGAAUGCAUUGGCCUGUGGUAGCAGCAACAGCUGUGGUGUGCUCCUUGGAGACUGGAUCUGUCACCUCCUCAGUCACCUCUCCCCAUACCUUCUUCGCAAAUAGGAGGUGCUCCUGGUCUCUUCUCACCCCUAGGGAGAAAAUGGUGGGGGUCGCCCUCUGGGAUCUCCUGGACUCUGCAACCCCCAGCCAUGUAGUUCAGGCCAAGUCCCUUUUUCUCCUAAAAUGACAUUUGAUUUCCUUUUCAACCAGUGGAUAAGGAUGAUUUGAUUCCCUCUCUUGUUCCUGAUGUACAUAUUCACCUUUCUUUCCUGGCAAUGAAAGGCACCAUUUUAUGGUUCACGCCAGGUGCCAAAAUGUAUUGCGCCAGCCCUGGAUGGCUCUAACCCUAGAAGCCCCACCUUGUUAAGCUGCCUUCACUCCAAGUUCCCCUCAGUGUCCUACAGCAGGUACCUUCCCAUUGCCAGUGAAUUAAACCAUGGGACUGGUGCUGUUCUGCCAACAGAAGAACAGCCCUGGCUUUCCUAAUGGCUCGUCACCUGCCUUUUGUUCUCCUAAUGUCUCAUCUCCCAGGCAAUUACCUCAUCAGGAAACUGGCCUGGUUUAUAUUUUAACAUUUGCUGAAUCCAGGGAUUCAGUGUCUGGCACCCAGAAACUCAUAACAACAUUGCCAACCUGUCGUACCUUCAAUUCCCGUUACCCUCCCUCUUUUACAUGCAGAAAGCAGGACAGGUAAGUUAUAGUGAAGAGAAGAUGGAACUCAGGCUGCUUCAGUGAUAUCAGAGAACCACAAGAACUUGUUGAUACUUCCUUCCAGGAAGAGCAGUGUUACCUCAUAUGUCCUAAGAGCCAUUUUAUUUCGUACCCUCUUUUGUGGCAGAGUUUAUUUGCAUGCAUGGUAUGGUUUGCCAGUCAUAGGUUCCAUACUUCAUUAUAUAUUUUUUUCAGCUUAAAGAGCAAUUCAUACCACGAUCCAUUGGGAUGAGUGAGUUUGGAUCUCUGGCUCAGUCAGCUUAUUCCCAGCAUAGCUUGGGCUAUGCCAGGCAGAGGGCCUUCUCAGUAGUGGCACCCUCUCUGUGGAACCCUUCAGAUGUGAUGGAAAUAAACAACUAUCUGGCUUUUAGAAGACAUCUGAAGACAGCCCUGUUUUUAAUGUUUGAUGUUUUAUGGAGUUUUAAUUAUUCUGCUGGGAGCUGCCCAGAGUGGCUGGGGAAACCCAGCCAGAUGGGCAGGGUAUGAAGAAGAAGAAGAAAGAAGAAGAAGAAGAAGAAGUUGUUGAUGAUUCCAGGUCAACAGACAUUAUGCUGAUGUAACUCCCUCUUUCCAGCUCAGCUGGGACUCGGCCACUUCAGCUGAGACUGGUGGGCCUUUUUGCUAGUGUAAGCCCUGAAAAAUGGGUAUUCUGAGGGAGUGGCAGGACUGGGCAUGGGGGGCGGGACUUACUCUGGAUCCUGACUUGGUUCAGCUCAGUCAUGUGACCUCAAAACAGGGCAGAACCUAUGGCAGUGGAAAGGGUGCUGCUAAGUCAAGGUCUGUUUUAAAGGCUUGUUUCAGCCUCCUCUGCCAAACCUAGGCUGCAUCAAGCAGCAGUACCUUUCAUUCCUGAAAGGAGGUUAAAAUAGGGGUAAUUUACGCUGGUUUAGCUGAAGACAGCAUAAGUUCCGCUGCUUUCUAUAUACUUAUGAUCACACUGCAGGACCACUCAUCACUUUUGGCAAUGCUAAUUCGCAGUUAGGGAUGCCAGAAGGUAUCGGUUUGCAUUCCGACCUGAGUUUGUCCCACGCAGACCUCUUAUGCUCUGCUGCAGUUCGGCUUCUGACGAAGAGCACGGUCUUUGUCUCCCUGUCCACUGUGGCAGACGUUUACGCAAUUAAGCACAUAAUUAAUUGUGUUAGUAUUACAUCAUUCCACACCAUUCAUUACAGUGCAAAUGAAAAUCAAUGCAACUGGAAAGGGGAAUUUGUAAUAAAUUACAAAUUGUUUGAGGACUGAAAUAGCAAGAGCAAAUGCUGAUAUUUGCUGAAUCGAUUUCCAUUCCUGACACAGGACAAAUAAUUUCUGCUCCUGCUUCUGUUGAAUUCUCCGACUUCACUAAAUGCAGUUGGUGAUGCAAUACUGAUAAGCUUACUCUUAGAAUAUUUAUCUUCCCCAACUAACUAGAAGCGCAACAACUUCAGCUGCUGUUUUGAUAAGGCUACACACAGAGAAACACCAGCUUCCCAAAAUCUCUCUCCAAGCUUUGGUUGUCACCAUGAGAUAUCUUAAAGCCAAGAGAUUUCUCCUUAAUCUCAACCCCAUCACUCCUUAACUAUCUGAGAUUGCUAGGCUGUAGCUCUGAGCAUUUGCUGUAGCCACAACCUUGCCAUCCUCACCAACAGAUUAACUCCAACUAUGGGAGGUUGGAGAAGAGAACGCCUGUUUUGAUCAAAAAGAAGAAAACAGGGGAAACGGCCAUUAACAAGACUUUUCCAAGCAAGACCAGGCCAUCCAUCUUGCGUAAAGAAAGUGGCAGCUGUUAUGACAAGUAAGAAUCCCUGGAAUAGUUAAGACCAGUGCUUUUUUUUCUGGGGGGACGCAGGGGUACACAUACCCCUAAACAUUUUGUGAAUCUUUGUAUUUUUGUCCAUUUACUGUAUUUAUUUUUCCCAGUUUGAACUAUAAAAUAGUGGUCUUCUUGAGUCAAAAUUUGAGUACCCCCUAAACAUUUUUUAUUUCUUUUUAGGAAAAAAGCACUGGUUAAGACAAACUUCUCCACCCUUCCUCCAUCAAUUUAUUUGGACACUUUCUCUGUAUUGUUUUUUCGCACUUGCUAAAAGCUAAAUUGUUUAGGCAAGCCCACCCAGAUAUGUAAGAGAGGCAUGCAAGGAGGUGGGUGGCAGAAUCAACUACCGUUUAUAUGUAUACCUGGAUUUAUUUUUAAGGUCAGCUUGUUUUUUAUUUUUAUUGAUAACUUUAAUGUAUAUUUUAUAUUCAGUGUCAGCCUCUUAGACGUUUCUACAAUUAAGAGGUAUACACAUAUUAGAAAUGAACGACAAUUUAAUUCUAUUGCAACUCAUCAUCUCCCAUAUUUAUGCAAGUCUGCCAGCUCGGCUGUUCAGACUGGGAGACAGUCGAAUUUAGUGGUGAUUUCUCAUCAAUUUGCCUCUGAUCUUGUCAAUUUCCUCGAUCGAAGCAAAAUCACUUAAGCAGUAUAAGAAGAGGAAAAGCCCUGCUGGAUCAAAGGCCAUCUAGUCAAGAAUAUGUUCUCCCAGGGGGCAAAGAAAGAUGCUCAUGGGAAGCCAAUAUGCAGAACUUGAACACAGUACCACUUGUCUAAAAUCUUGUUCAAUGUGAAGAGUGUAAGAAAAUAUUUCCACUGGUUGGUCUUCCUCUUGCUCCUUUAUUGGAGGGACCCAGUCACCAGUGGCAAACUUGGAGAGUAAGGUAGGUAAGGAGGCACCUGGCUUUGGGAAGGAGGCGGGAGGGCUCUGGCAGGGUCCUAGAGCCCUUCCACCUCCUUCCCAAAGCUGACAAAGUGCUAACUAGGCUUUGGGAAGAAGGAAGGAAGACUCUGGAACCCUAUCAGAGCCUCACGCCUCCUUCCCAAAGGCCAGUGCCUCACUUACCGGGCUUUGAGAUGGUAGCUCCCAUUGCGUCUCACCAUUCGCAGAGUCCUAAGUCCGCCACUGCAGUCACUCAUGGAAGUCUGAGUUAAUUAAGCCAAUAAUAAUAAUAAUAAUAAUAAUAAUAAAUUUUAUUUAUAUCCUGCCCUCCCCAGCUGAAGCUGGGCUCAGAGCGGCUAACAACAGUAAAAUGAUACAACAUUCUAAAAUCAUUUCAUUAUAAAAUCAGUUCAAAUCAGAUUAAUGGCAACCAUUGGGCUAGAGUUCUGUGAGGAUUGCCAAAGGAGGGAGUCAGGCUGCGCCCUGACCAAAGGCCUGGUGGAACAGCUCUGUCUUGCAGGCCCUGUGGAAAGAUGUCAAGUCCCACAGGGCCCUGGUCUCUUGAGACAGAGCGUUCCACCAGAUCGGAGCCGCAGCCGGAAAAGCCCUGGCUCUGGUUGAGGCCAGCCUAACCUCUCUGUGGCCCGGGAGCUCCAAGAUGUUUUUGUUUGAAGACUGUAAGGUCCUCCGUGGGACAUACCAGGAGAGGGUACGAGGGUCCUAGGCCGUAUAUAUUUCUCCCGGAGUGGUGGGGUUCGUGCAGUCCUGUGCUUGCUCCCACACCACUUCUGGUAGUCCCUGCAGUUUCCACCCACAUAAUUAAGAGUUGAGUGCAAGUUUAUAUCCUCUGCUAGCAAUUCAUCUCCAUGCAUUGCCAGCAUGCUAUGCAACCCAUAAUCUGUCCCAGGUGGGACCUAGAAACAUAUUUUUUUUAAAAAACGCUGUGAAAAAUGCUUUUUUAAAAACACGUUUUGAAAAAUAUAUGGAACUUGCCAUAAGUUCGCCAAUCGCCAUCUAGGGCUGCAUUUGUAUAAUGCACUCAAAACAUUGUAUUUGCAGCUGUAUGGCUGAGUCCUCUAUCACAUUGUAGAUGGCAGCCCUUCACUGAUAUUAGGCCUGAAGGAAGGAGGGCCAGAUUUAGGUUUGAUGAGGCCCUAAGCUACUGAAGGUAACGGGGCCCUUUAUAUGUCCAGCUGUCCUUUGUCAACAACAAAUUGUCACUGGUUUUUUUGUGUUGAAUAGAUGCUAUAUGGUAAUUUAUGGACCUAAUACAGGCAUGGCCAAACUUGGCCCUCCAGCUGUUUUGGGACUACAACUCCCAUCAUCCCUAGCUAACAGGACAAGUGGUCAGGGAUGAUGGGAAUUGUAGUCCCAAAACAGCUGGAGGGCUGCGUUUGGCCACCACUGACCUAAUAGGUAUCUAAAGCCUAUACAACCAGUCCAUGCAGAAUAUAGGCACCCUAUAUAUAGAAAUGAGCAAACCAGUGAUAUUUUAGGGAGCAGGCUAGCAGGCGGGGCCCAUUACUUACAUUAGAGGAGCCUACACAACACAACAUGUUAUUUGUUUUUUAUCUUAUAUUUUGGAAAUGUACAUCCAGUAUUUUUUUCCUUUAAUUUUUUUGGGGCCCUCAAGAGAGUGGGGCCCUAAGCUACAGCUUGUUUAGCUUAUACGUAAAUCUAGCCCUGGAAGGAAGCAACCAUGAAUUGAUGGCAGCCGUGUUGCUCCAGGUACCAUGUAAAUGGGGUUGGGGGGUGUCUUUAGGUGGCUUCUAAGUAACCACCAUUUCUGCCUUCCACAGUAUCUGCACGGAGGAUUCCAUGACUAUUAAAAAGGGCAAGUGAGUAUUCCAGACUCUUCUGUCCUGCCUUGACUUGACUCCCAGUCCUUUUAUCCUCACCUUCCCUUGUGCAUGUCAGGAGCUCGUCCUACACUCGAGUAGGACCCUGGCAGAGACACAUGCCCAGCUGGCAUGUUCUCUCCCUCCUGGUUGUUCGUUUGGGAGCUUCAAAAGCUUUCUUCGGCCCGAACAUCACAGCGACCGAUGCCAACAGACACCGGCACACUUAGGGAUCCCCAGAGUCUUCGCAGUUUGCGUGACAGACCUCAGCAACUCAGCAUUUUGGCUAAUCGACUUUAUUUACAUAUAAAUACACACGGAGCACUGCAACACUCCCUCUCUCUCUAGCAUCAGACAGCAAAGAGAAAGGACAAAGGACAAUAGUCCCACUUCACGGAACACAAUAACACAAACAUCCUGUCUCCGUCACUUCCCACUCUGUGGAGUCAUAACAUGCACUAUCAUGUGAUGACAAAAAUCCCAUGACUGCAGUCAUGGAGCAGGAAUUCUAACAGUGCAGGCUUGUUGGGCCCACCAGCUUUCUUCUGCUCUUCCUUUCUGCCAUCUGGUUCUGCCUCUUUCACAGCUUGUCUCACCUUUCAUUUCCACAGGAAUGCAGGAAAAUGCAGCUGUCCCUUCUGGGGAUUGAACCCGCAACUUUGGCAUUAUCAACACCAUGCUCUGACCAACUGAGCUAUGCCCACCCCACCGUCGUCCCUCAGCGGGCUCGAACCACACUUUACUGAAGCCCAGAGAUUCCUAAGGGGAGAAAUGGGAUUAAAUUGUGGUUUUACAUUCAGUUCCGUCCUAAAGCUGUGGCAGGAAUCAUCAAUGUGUUGUUCACAGGUGCACAAGCACCCACACAAAUAAAAUAAAUACCAAUUAUGUUACAACACUGGGUAUGUUUCCCAGCCCAAUUCAAAGUGCUGGCUUUGACCUAUAAAGCUCUUUAUUGCUCUAGACACCAACAUCUUAGGAAAUGCCUCUCCUUAUAGGAACACUCUUGGACACUAGAUUUUCAACUGAGGUUCUUCUCCAUGUCCGCCCUCUGAUGGAGGCUCAGAGGGUGGUGACCAGGGAGAGGGCCUUUUUAGUUGUGGCUCCCAAUCUGUGGAAUGCUUUCCCAAGCGAGGUCCGCCUGGCGCCUUCACUGACAUCUUUUUGGCAGUAGGUAUAGACUUAUCUUCCCCCCACCCCAGACAUCUGAUAGACUGAGAUGAUGUUAUUGUAGUUACUAGUUUGAUUCUGAUCCCUCAGGGAUCAACAAAUGGGUCAAAAUUAAGCAAAAAUCAUUUUAGUAAUUCUGCAUGUGUUUUGGCAGGAAAGCUAAAGCUAUCUACAAUUUCCACAUAACUGUUUAUGAAGGGGAGAAUGAAAUGGAUUCGAUGUGUAAGGCGGGACCUAGAUGGGAAGGUAAUUCAUGUGUUCAUUUUUCUUUUCUUUAUUUUUGAUAAUUUUAUUAGUUUUCAAUUGCAAUCCAAUAAUAGCCUCAUUAUAACGAUACCAAUUUAUAAUACAAUUAUUAAUAUCAAUAGUUCAAAUACCGAAUUAUAUAAUGUGGAUAAGGCGGCCCCCCAUGUGCUAGAAUUGAUUAUUUGCUUUAUUUCUGCGUUCCAAAAUCUUAUUAAUUUCAAUUACACUCCAGUCAAAAUAGCAAUACAACAACUGCAAUAUGAAUAACUUCUAACCAUGUUGACACAUUAAAUGAUUUAUAAAACUACAAGUAAGGAACUCGAACUAUAUCCUCAUUCUUCCUGUGUGUGGUAAUUAUUCUGUGUGUGGUGUUUCUUUCUGUCCUUGUGAUAUGUUAUGUCUUUCUUCCCCCCAGUUGUUGCUUUUCUCCAGGUAAUUAAUGUGUUCUUGCCCUAAUGAGAAAUCUGUGUGGCUGAAAAACCUGCAGAUUUCCUAACAGAGAAACAUUUACUCUUAUUUUGAUUUAUAAACCUACACAGUCCCAAGGACAUAGAGUGGGGAAUAAAUCUCCACCUUUUGUCUCUUUACCCAAAUGUGCUUGGAGAGACAGUGACAACAUGAAAUCAAAUCAGAGCUACAUUAAAGUGUACGGUGCUUUUAUCUUGUUAAUUCAAACAUCCUGAGAUGUGGAGAGCUUCUUGACAUCACAAGCUUCAACCAUUUUGGUGCCACCAUUUUGAAACACAGAACGUACACAGAGUAAUAAUUGUGUAAUUCACAGUAAUAAUUCUUUCCCCUCUGACCUCACUGUUUACGAUUCCCCUCUGCCCCCAAAUGCUCUGGGUCUGGAUCUGUGUGUAUGUACACACACACAUUACUGAAACUCAGGAGAGCAUUUCAUGCGCGUAACCCACAAAAGACUAUGCGAUAAAGAUGUUGGUCUUUAUGGUGCUGUAAGACUGGUGAUUUCAAGCCCCAUUGAUUUGGGUGGAGCCUAAACACAACCUGGACUGGAUUUAAGCCGCUGCAUUUGACUACAGUACAGGUUUUGUGUUCUAAUUCAGGGGGGGGGGGCAUUGAUCCAUCUAGCUCAUUAUUAGCUACCUUGAUUGGCGGUGGGUCUCCAGGGAUUCAGAUGGGUCUCCCAGUCCUGCUUGGUGAUGCUGAGAUGCUGAACCACUGAACCUGGGGUCUUCUGCAUGCAAAUACUCUACCACUGAACCGCGACACUGAUGGUGCUGUGGUCUAAACCACUGAGCUUCUUGGGCUUGCUGAUCGGAAGGUCGGCGGCUUGAAUCCCUGCAACGGAGUGAGCUCCUGUUGCUCUGUUCCAGCUCCUGCCAACCUAGCAGUUCGAAAGCACACCAGUGCAAGUAGAUAAAUAGGUACUGCUGUGGCGGGAAGGUAAACAGUGUUUCCAUGCACUCUGGUUUCUGUCACGGUGUUCCGUUGCACCAGAAGUGGUUUAGUCAUGCUGGCCACAUGACCCGGAAAGCUGUCUGCGGACAAACUCCCUUGGCCUGAAAGCAAGAUGAACGCUACAACCCCAUAGUUGCCUUUGACUGGACUUAACCGUCCAGGGGUCCUUUAACUUUACCUAUUACCUUUUUACUCUACCACUGAGCUACGACCCUUCCCCCAAAGUUUUUUGCCUCUUGUUCUUUUUCACAAUCAGUUCCAGAAACCAAUGCACUCUCAUCCUUACUUUCCAGAGUCUGCAUCCUCUUCAGGGCUCUCAAAGGCUUGCACUGUUUUCAGCACACUUAAGUCUGGAAUGAUUCACACUAGCGAUCUCCUCUUGAUUUUGCACACCCUGGGCAUCCUAGUGACCAAUGCUGAAAUGCGUCGGACGCUGAGGCAUGUCAAGGUGACCGGUAUGUGACAACCUUCAUCCUCAGAUCUGUGGUUUUCCCUGGCAGUUGUUUUACCUUCAUUGGAUGCAAUCUUGGGGAACUCUGAUUCCCAGAAGCCCUGUUGAAAUCCGACUGCUAUAUGAAAACAGCUACGUGCCCUGAUUUAAGUGGGUCAGAUCCAGCUCCUGCAUAGUUGAGGGUGGGGUGAACAGACCGAAGGACAAUUUGUGUUCCACAAGAACAAGUUUCUUUAUACCUUGGCCACCGAGACCAUAUAAUGCCGGUCCUGAAAGACCUACAUUGGCUCCCAGUGCGUUUCUGAGUACAAUUCAAAGUGUUGGUGGUGACCUUUAAAGCCCUAAACGGCCUUGGCCCAGUAUACCUGAAGGAGCGUCUCCACCCCCAUCCUUCAGCCCAGACACUGAGGUCCAGCGCCGAGGGCCUUCUGGCGGUUUCCUCACUGCGAGAAGUGAGGGAACAGAGAACCAGGCAGAGGGCCUUCUCGGUAGUGGCACCCGCCCUGUGGAACACCCUCCCAUCAGAUGUCAAGGAAAUAAACUAUCUGACUUUAGAAGACAUCUGAAGGCAGCCCUGUUUAGGAAGUUUUUAAUGUUCGAUGUUUUAUUCUGUUUUUAAUCUGUUGGAAGCCUCCCAGAGUGGCUGGGUGGAGUAUAAAUAAUAAAUUAUUAUUAUAUAAUCAUAAGCCUAAGCCGGAAGACUUUACAAAUAGCAGGGUGGCAGGUGGAGAAGCAGCUGAGCUGCUAAAUGACCUGCAAAUCUCCAUUUUGAAAGUUCUUUUGCCUCCCAAACUCCAUGGAGUGAGGAUGUACGGUAAAUUAAACUCUCUCCUGAAGGGAGAGUAAACAUCCUAAGGCCAAUGGCUCAGGAUUUCAGUGUUUGAUCUAGGGAAGGGUUUGUACCAACACCUGACCAAUGAGGAAUUUGUCAGCAAAUGGCAGAAAACCAUGGCUAAAAAAUCCACCUCUAUUGGUCUGUCACCCCCCCCCCCCACUGUAUUACCUGGGUUAUGAAGGCGCCCUAAAGAUGUUAAAGCAAAGAUUAUGGGAUAAUGCACACAGUGACUUGCGAUCUCGAUCACACGCAGUCUGUAGUCCACUGGCAGUAGGAGUACAAGAUGGGCAUGUCUUUAAGUUAACAUCUUAUAUUAAAAACCUGACAGUACCAAGUUAUCGAAGGCUUUUCACCAAAGCCAGACUAAACGUCUUUCCUUCUGCAGUGUUGGAUGGCAGGUUGAGAGGAGUUCCCUACCAGGACAGACUUUGCUCGUGUGCUCAAGACAUCAAUUCCAUAAAACAUAUUUUGUUGCACUGUGCAAAAUAUGAGCAAGCCAGGGCUGAACUGAUAUUACCCUUGCUGGUACCUUUCCUGGGAAAAUCAGAGGCUCACUAUGUCAGGUUCCUAUUGGAAGACCGGACAAAUGCUAGAACAUUAGCAGUAGCCAAGUUUUUAUCGGUGGUUGCAAGAACUAAUGAUCCCUAUAUUCUGAACAAAUUGCUUGUUUAACCUGGAGGUAGGCUGUAUGAAUUGUGUAUUGCUUUGCAACGAUUUGUUGGGUCUCUGGACCGUAAUAAAGGUUAAUGAUGAUUUUUUUUGCUAAGGCCAAUGGAGGCUGGAAACAGGCUGUGGAUUAUUUCAUAUUUUCUAAGUUGUUGAGCCUGUGCUGGACAUUGUAUGGAUAUUUUGGGUGUAUCUGUGAUGCUUCUGUUCCAAUUUUAAAGGGUUCUGCAAGUAAAAGUUUGAAUAAUAUUUUUCUGGGCCUGGACAAUGUUUUCUUCCAAAAGAGCCAGUUUGUAUGCUUCCAGUCACUUCAAACUGCACAGUAUUAAUUUCUGUAACAGAAACACCUGAAUAGUUGCACAAAACUAGGUUUCGAUGUGAUGCGCCUACACAUACUUCAACUCAGCUUCUGUGUCUUUCUCCAUUACAGCAUCUGGGACUCUGGAUUUCUCUGAAUUCUUGGAAGUUGUGAACAAUACCUCGCCUUUCACAGACACAGAGGGUAUGAUAAAGGGAAGUGAGGGAGCGAGGGGAAAGAUGGCUGCUUUCCUGUUGUUCCUCUGUAUAUCACUCUUUGUCUGCAUUCCUGUCGACUGUUUCUCUUUCCACCCUCAUCUCUGAACAAACUAAAAGAUUUAUCCAUUGUUGCAGUUGCUGAUGCUGUUUUACAAAAACAUACUCUGUGCCAAUCUGGGGGUCUGGCCUUUUGGGGGUCGGUUUUAUUUCAGUGGCAGAGCUGAAGUUGAAGGCUGAGCUGUGGGUUUGUCCGCCCAACACCAGCUUACCUGGAUGGGACUGAAUUUAGGUGGGAUAGCAGCAAGGUGGGGGUCACCUCAGCAAAUUGGUAAGAGCGCCAUAUUGGCUCCAUCGAUCUGCCCAGGCAGCCUAAACACCAACAUCACCUGGCAAUUAAAGGUUGAAGGCAAUUUCUUUUUUCUUUUUUCUUUUUUGAAUUUGCAUUUUAUUUAUUUGUUAACAUUCUUAUGUUACAUCGGUAAACAUUGUCAUAUUAGAUUACAGGACUUACAAUAAUAUAAUUUCCAACAUGUGUACAAAAAUUAUAUAUAAAUUUUAUAUACCUAGAAAGAAAAUGAGACAAAAAAAAAAGAAAGAACAAAGACAAAAAACAAAAACAAUCCCCCCCAAUCAUAUACCGUAUUUUUCGCUCUAUAAGACGCACCAGACCACAAGACGCACCUAGUUUUUGGAGGAGGAAAACAAGAUAAAAAAAUAUUCUGAAUCUCAGAAGCCAGAACAGCAAGAGGGAUCGCUGCGCAGUGAAAGCAGCAAUCCCUCUUGCUCUUCUGGCUUCUGGGAUAGCUGCGCGGCCUGCAUUCGCUCCAUAAGACGCACACACAUUUCCCCUUACUUUUUAGGAGGGAAAAAGUGAGUCUUAUAGAGCAAAAAAUACAGUACAUACCAACACACUAGACUUCCUGUCUUUCCCGUUGUAUAUUCCUUUUUUACAAAUGAAUGUACUCUUAUUAUUGUAUAUUUCUUUACAUAUUAUCUAAUACAUUCCUAUAUCAAUAUGUGCUCUUAGUCUUAUUUCUCAACUCAGUCUCACUCCAACGUCAAUCAAAUGCUAGCAUAGAGAACCUUUACUGUAUUUUUGAAGAUAUGUUUUAUAUCUAUCCCACUUUUCCAUAAAUUUUUGUUUUGAAUUGCCUCUCAGGCUAUUUGUCAACUGCACCAUUUCAGCAAAUUCUUGUGGCUUGUAAUGCCAGUCCGUUAUUGUCGGGGCUUCUUGUUCCUAAAGGUUAGAGGUAAUUUCAGGCUCAGUAAUUGUUGUCCUUUCUCUCCCAUGUGCAUCCUUUAGAUUUCCAGACUAUUCUUUGGAUUUUCAGGAAAAUAAAUAAAGGUAUGGUGGCCGUUGAUGACUUGGAAACAGUCUUGAUAGGCCUGGGAGUCAACUUGAACAACAAGGAGAUACAACAGGCACUGGGAUGCACUGAAGUUAGUGAGUAUCACUCUGCAACAAGUUGCAGAAAGGAUAUUGGACAUGGUAUUAGCAUAAUAAUAAUAAUAAUUUAUUAUUUAUACCCCGCCCAUCUGGCUGGGCUUCCCCAGCCACUCUGGGCGGCUUCCAACAAAAUAUUAAAAUACCAUAAUGCAUCAAACAUUAAAAGCUUCCCUAAACAGGGCUGCCUUCAGAUGUCUUCUAAAAGUCUGGUAGUAGUUGUUCGCUUUGACAUCUGGUGGGAGGGUGUUCCACAGGGAGGGCGCCACUGCCGAGAAGGCCCUCUGUCUGGUUCCCUGUAACCUUACUUCUCGCAAUGAGGGAACCACCAGAAGGCCCUCGGCGCUGGACCUCAGUGUCUGGGUAGAACGAUGGGGGUGGAGACGCUCCUUCAGAAAUACUGGACCGAGGCCGUUUAGGGCUUUAAAGGUCAGCUUCAACACUCUGAAUUGUGCUUGGAAACGUACUGGGAGCCAAUGUAGGUCUUUCAAGACUGGUGUUAUGUGGUCUUGGCAGCCGCUCCCAGUCACCAGUCUAGCUGCCGCAUUCUGGAUUAGUUGUAGUUUCCAGGUUACCUUCAAAGGUAGCCAAAUAAAACUUGUGGAGGUGUCUGUUGGUCAUUUAUUCAUCCAAACUGGUGCUGGAAUUGGAAAAUUUGGCCAGUUCUCCAUUUCUUUUGAUGUCAACAGAAGUUCUUGUUUGAUGCUUCAUAACCAGUUGUGAUUCCUCUCCAAGUUCUCUUCUCACUUUUAAACCAUGAAAGAAAUUCUAGGCUUGGAGGGGUGCCAUUCUUGUGUCCCAGCCUUCCCUCUCGCUUUGCCCAACUUUUGAAAAUAUUUGCUUAUUUAAGACACAUGCAACAACAUGCCUGUCAGGGAACUGCCAUCGGAAGGAAGGGAGGUGAAAGGGCUCACACAGGUUGGGAGAGACUCAGCAGCUGAAGAGGGAACCAGUAGGGGGAGAGGAGCUGAGCUGAGGGAAAGUGAGCUGGAGGGAUGGCUCAGAGACACUUCCAGCGAAAACAGUGGGGAGGUUUCAGGACCUCCUGUAGGGACACCCACUCCUCGCCGGAAACUGACACGCAGAGAGUCCAGAAGACGUGUUUCCGUUAAGGAGCUUUUAUGUUGGAAGCGAUUCCGAAAGCAACCACUGUCGGAAUCUGCUAGUGACUAGAGGAGCCAUGUCUGAGGGGCUCCGUCACAGACAGAGGUUUGUGGACUUGAACAAACUCUGAGGGGAUACGAUUUUACGCACAAGCAGCUCAUCAUCCCAUCACAGCAUUCCGACAGUCUUUGAAAGCAGCUUGUGCAGGAGAAGGCAUCAUGAGCAACCCAGCCGGAACCGGAGAAGCAGGAGCUGGAGCGGGUCCAAGCCUGGAAGAAAGGUACCGGGUGUUGGAGGUCCAGCUAGCGAUGCAGACGGCGAGGCUUGAGGAGAGGAGGGCUCAGGAUGCAGACAAAAGGGGAAAGCCACCCAGCUCGCCAGAAAGGUACCAGGAUUGGUGCAGAAGUUUGGGGGGGAGCCCAAAGACUAUCAUGGCUUUCGGACAGAGAUGCAAUAUGCCCUCAAUCUGCAGUUUGAUGAAUUCCUGACGAGGAAUCACGAGUGGCUUUCGUGAUUGAGCAUCUUGAAAAGGGGGCGAGAGACUGGGUUAGACCCUGAUGGCAGCGAAUAGUGACGUCCUAAAGGACACGAUGAAGUUCUUUCGCGCCAUGGAUCUGAUGUUUUCCAGCGAUAUUGAACAGGGAGUGGUGCGCAGACAGUUAAUGGCUUGCAAACAGGGGAGCCGAUCUGUCCGUGAGUACUGGACUGAGUUCACCAUGCUGGUUCACAGAUUGGGGUGGGACUUAUCGGCGGAACCCAUUCAAAUGCUCUUUGAAGAAGGGCUUUCUUCGGCUGUGAAAGACGAACUUUCCCGGGCGCCCAGGGCGGAGUCUAUGGACCAGCUGACCAAAUCAGCGCUGACCAUAGGAGCGCGCCAGGAGGCGAGAGCAUUGGAGAGGCGGGAAGGGAAAGGGGAACGUUGGAAGGAGUUCCGCAUUCCAGACAUUCCAGAGCCAACUUUCCCGCCGGCAGAGCCGAUGGAAAUCGGAACAGCGCGCGCGCGCAGUUUCAAAGCCCAGUGAGGGGGAAAGAAGGAGGGAAAAGGCGCCCGGAAAUGCUAUCUCUGCCAACAGCCAGGUCACUUUGCCAGAGUCUGCCCCCAGAGGAAGGAAUGGCAAGGGAUGGUAGGAGCUGUGGAGGGAAGAGAGGAAGAAAUACCGGAGCAAGUAAAGCCAACGCCUGGCUGCCACUGUCGGGGCACAGCAGCCAGGCCAAAGAGCAGUGAGAGUGCCCACGCCAGAACCUCCUAAACCCGCCCUAGUGAUAGAAGUGACGCUAGAGCUGCCAAACGGACACCCUCUAAAGAUAAAGGCGCUGUUGGACUCAGGCAGCUCCUGCAAUUUCAUGAGCAAAGAGUUUGCAGCUGAACACCAGAUACAGACGAUCCUUUAAGCAACCCCUGCAGGUGACCACGAUCGAUGGCAGGGAGCUGUUGGGAGGAGAAGUCAGCUUGCAGACCGUCCCAAUGAUAAUGAAGGUAGCAAGGCACACCGAACUGAUAGCGUUUAAUGUGGCCACCUUGGGAGGAGCUCCCAUUAUAUUGGGGAUGAGCUGGCUAGCGUUACAUGAUCCGCUGGUGGGCUGGCAUCAGAGAGUGGUUUCUUUUGGUUCAGCACAUUGCUUAGAACACUGCAAAGAGGGAAAGGGUUUGGCAGGGGCCCAAGCCACCCUAGCAGGGACUGAAGUAACGGAGAACGUGAAGGUACCACGACAAUAUGCAGAUCUCCGUGACGUCUUCAGCGAAAGGGAAGCUGACCAACUACCCCCGCAUAGACCCUUUGACUGUCAAAUCAAUUUACUCCCUGGGGCACAGCUCCCUGUAGGCAAGCUGUACGCCAUGUCAGACAGAGAGAUGCAGGAGCUAAGAGAGUUCAUUGACAAGAACCUGAAGAGAGGGUUCAUCAGAGAGUCCAGGGCGGUGGGGGCAGCCCAGUGUUUUUGUGGAUAAAAACACGAACAAGCCGAGGCUGGUGUGUGACUUCAGGGCCUUAAAUGCAGUGUCAGAACCAGUGGCCUUCCCUAUGCCCAGGAUUGACGACAUUUUGACAAGGGUGCGGAAGGGAAAGAUUUUCACAAAGCUGGACCUAAGGGGGGCGUACAACCUGGUACGAAUAAGGAAGGGGGAUGAAUGGAAAACCACCAUGUUCACCCCUUUAGGGGCAUUUGAAUAUUUGGUUAUGCCCUUCGGCCUACAAGCAGGCUCCGCAACCUUUCAAUCGUUUAUGAACCACGUCCUGGGGCCUUUGCUUUACAAGAAUUGUGUGGCCCUUUUAGACGACGUGUUGGUGUAUUCUGAGAAUGAGGAGCAGCAUGUGAGAGACGUCAGAGAAGUGUUGAGCAGGCUGCAAGCCAACCAGCUGUGGGUGAAACUGGAGAAGUGUCAGUUUCAUACCAAGGAGGUGGAAUUCCUGGGGUAUCGCCUGUCAGACAAGGGAUUGGCCAUGGAUCCCGGCAAGGUCCAGGCGGUGCUGGAAUGGAAAACACCCAAAACAAGGAAGGAUGUGCAGAGGUUCCUAGGAUUUGGGAACUUCUAUCGUAAGUUCAUCCGAAACUUUGCCCACCUGACGGCGCCCAUUACGGACUGUCUCAGCAGUAAGAAGAAGUUCGUUUGGACUGAGGAGGCGGAGCGAGCAUUUGAGGAACUAAAAGGGCCUUCGCCUCGGAACAACAACUCCUGCAUGUGGAUUUACAAAAACCGAUGAGAGUGGAAACUGACGCAUCAGACAGAGCGAUUGGGGCGGUGCUUCUGCAGCCAGGGAAGGAGGAGUCAGAGUGGAGACCGUGUGCCUUUUUUCGCGAAAGCUGAACAAAUCCGAGAGGAACUACACGGUGUAUGACCGAGAACUACUAGCCAUUCAUGAGGCGUUCCGGAGAUGGAGGCACCUGCUAAUUGGCGCACAACAUAAGGUGCAAGUGUGCACUGACCACAAGAACCUAGAGUAUUGGAGGACGGCACGAGUGCUCAACCAACGGCAAGUGAGAUGGGCCCAGGAGUUCUCCAAAUUUAACUUUGAGAUUUGUUACGUGCCAGGCCCAGAGAACAUUAGGGCGGACGCUCUCUCACGCAAACCUGAAUAUUUGGAGGGGAGGAGCACCCGAAGAGAGACAUGUCAUUCCAGAGGACCGCUGGGUGUGUGGGGCGGCAUUGGUGGGACAAAGAGAACUGGUAGAGGAAACAGAGAAUGAUGAAUACGCCCAGAAUAAGCUCAGAGGUCUUAGGGGUGAGGGAGAGGAACCAAGGGUUUCGAGGAAAGAAAUGGAGCUUUGUAUUACAAAGGGGCACUGUAUAUCCCUGAAGGAGACUUAAGGGGAGGGUACUCAAGCAGUUGCACGACAGCCCUACGGCGGGGCAUUUUGGACAACACAAAACCAUGUGGUUGGUCACCAGGGAAUUUUGGUGGCCCAAGGUGAGGGAAGAUGUACGUGAGUAUGUAAGAGGGUGCGAGCAAUGCCAGCGAGCCAAAGGGGAAAGGCGGGCGCCGGCGGGGCUAUUAGAACCCUUACCAACCCCAGAACGACCUUGGGAGGCAGUGUCGAUAGAUUUUAUGACUGAUCUGCCGAAGUCCAAAGGGAAAACAGCCAUCAUGGUGGUGGUGGACCUACUAACAAAGAUGUGCCACUUUGUAGCUUGCUCGCAUGCAGUCACGGCGGAAGAGACAGCGAAGUUAUUUGUAGAACACAUUUUUAGGUUGCACGGGGUGCCAUUGAGGGUGGUCUCAGACCGAGGAAAACAAUUUACUUCCAGGUUCUGGAGGAAGCUCAUGAGCUUACUGCAGGUGGAGGUCAAUUUUUCGACUGCCCGGCACCCUGAAACCAACGGGCAGGCGGAAAGAGCAAACGGUGUCCUCCAGCAAUACCUGAGGUGUUAUGUCAAUGACAGAGAGAAUGACUGGGUAGAAAAGUUGGCGCUGGCGGAAUUUGCCUACAACAAUGCCGAGAAUGUGUCCACAGGGAUGAGCCCCUUCUUGGCUAAUUAUGGGUGUCAUCCCAGGGCUUUCCCAGGGGGAGAUGGGGAGAGAUGGAGCGUCCCGGCAGCCGAGCAUUUUGUAGAAGAAAUGGAAGCAAUCCAUUGUCAGCUCCAACUCAACUUAGAAAGGGCGAAGGAAGAAUACAAGAGGCAAGCAGACAAGAACCGAAGGGAAGGUGAAACCAUAAGGGUGGGAGAUAGGGUGUGGCUGUCAACCCAAGGGGUGCCGUUCACAGGAGGUUGUAAGAAAUUAAGACCCAGGAGGUUGGGUCCCUUUGAGGUCAUUCAACAGGUCAACCCAGUGGCUUUCAGGCUCCGGUUACCCAACCACAUGAAACUGCACCCAGUAUUUCACAGGUCGUUACUGUCACCGUACGAAGGGGGACGAGAAGGGAUGGCCACUGGGACCGGUCAUAGAAGAAAGAGAAUGCAGCAGCCAUGUGGCAGAAAUCCUCGACGCCAGGUGGAAGGGGAAUCAGGUGGAGUAUUUGGUAGCGUGGGAAGGAGAACCGGAGUCAGAAAACACUUGGGUAAUGGCCGAAGAUAUCAAUGACGAGGUAUUGAUAGAAACGUUCCAUCAAAGGUUCCCAAGGAAACCUCAGCCUGUGGAGAGGUUCCGGAGGGAAUACUUUGGGACCACUGAUGAGGAGGAGGAGUUGGAAGGCUUCCCGGACUCGGAAGGGGAAGGGGAGAUGGACUCUGAGGAGGAGGAGUACUUCGAGACCAGGAACCGCAACAGGUGGAGAGAAGUGUUCGAGACAUCGGAAGAUGAAGGAAGUUCAUUCCGGGUUUUGCCUCCUCACCGCCCGUAGAGGAGGGGGCGAGAGGGGGUGCCGGGGGCCCUGGAGGGGGAGGUGGAUGUCAGGGACCUGCCCUCGGAAGGCCGGGAGGUGAAAGGGCUCCCCCCGGGUGGGAGAGACUCAGCAGCGGAAGAGGUACCCAGCAGGGGGAGAGGAGCUGAGCUGAGGGAAAGUGAGCUGGAGGGAUGGCUCAGAGACACUUCCAGCGAAAACAGUGGGGAGGUUUCAGGACCUCCUGUAGGGACACCCACUCCUCGCCGGAAACUGACACGCAGAGAGUCCAGAAGACGUGUUUCCGUUAAGGAGCUUUUAUGUUGGAAGCGAUUCCGAAAGCAACCACUGUCGGAAUCUGCUAGUGACUAGAGGAGCCAUGUCUGAGGGGCUCCGUCACAGACAGAGGUUUGUGGACUUGAACAAACUCUGAGGGGAUACGAUUUUACGCACAAGCAGCUCAUCAUCCCAUCACAAUGCCCUUCUGCAAAACCAUGACGAAGGCAAAUAAGUCAACAAUUAACCAUGGAUCACUACAUUAAAAUAAAAUAAAAAUAAAUGUGCCCUCCAAAAUUAAUUAUUUGAACAAUCGUAGGCAAAAUUUUAAAGAAACCUUUUAUCUCAAAAUGUCUUUUUUACAUGAUAAGCUGAAACAAACUAGACCUUUCUCAGGAAACAUACAUUAACAUACAUUUUGUUCCGUUUGUAGAGAAUGGGAAUGUGGACAUUUUGAGCUUCCUUCAGACUGCGUGGGGACUGCAAAGAGGCUUUGAGGAAGAAGGUGGGUUGCCUAGUGCUUUGGCUAAACGAUAUCAUUUUGACAUAGUAUGGUUUCCAUUUAUAACUUUUAUAGCCAAUGAUACUGAAUUGGGGGGGGGUUGGACUAAAUGAUCCACAGGGUCCCUUCCAACUCAAUAAUUCUAUGAUUGUACAUACCUACAAUGACUCAUGCACUGCUGUGGAGGGGGUAUUUGCCUUCCCAUCAUGGAGUCUCCUUUUGUCUGCCCUAGGACUAAUGAGAGCACGGGCCCCCAAGAUUUUGACUGCCUGGGGGCCUCCACAGGGUUUCAUCUGACACUGCUUGGGGGAGAUAGGGUGCAUGGGGGAAAACCCAAUUGCAGUAGUAGCAGUCCUUGCUCUGGCUUCUCCUAGAACAGGACAAUCGAAUCUGGCCCACAAUAUCGAUUUAGUUGGCAUUUUUAUUUUGGUUCUGUGAUAGGAAUUUUGAAGUCUUAGAUAUAUGUUAAAUGUUCAUAAGUGUACCAACCAACCAAGCACGUACAUAGAUCAGCACAGGAAGACCGACCUGAAACCAUUUUGAUUCCUAAACUGAGCAAAUGUUUUCUCUGCAAGGUCAAAGUGGGAAACCUCCCCAUUGUCUCUUUCCUCACAAAUCCUGUCUUAAGGGCACAUUUAAGAUAUGAAUAGGGUGUGAGUCUGUGACAUGGCCCGGGAACUAAGUAUUUAUCAUUACAAAAGACUGGCCAGGCUCCCCAGGCAAUCCAAUCAAGCAAGCAGGGUAUCCAGUCAAGUAACCUGCCAGACAGGAGAAAAACAACGAUAGGAGAAAAACAACAUUCAAAUUUCUGUUUUAGACCACCUUUUCUGUGAUUUAGGUAUGAUGUUUCUGGGGGUGGUCUUGAUCUACAGGGUGGCAAUUUCCAAAGUCUAUAUAAAGGCUUGGGCACCAUUGUUCUGGGUUCCUCCUCUCUCCUGUGUGUGGUGAGUGAGGACCCUGUUGCAACAGAUCAAUAAAGAUCAGGCUUACUAGCUGCUUUACUUCUCAAUAUUCUCCGGUUGGCCUCUGUUAUUUUCUCCUACCAAUAGGGAACCUACGUAAGGACUCUAUAUGGGCUCUAGGAUACCCCAUAAAGGAAAAAGGGCAUGUUUUGUUUACAACAGUUCCCUGCGGCUUGUUCAUCCUUCCCAUACUUGUUGCUGUUUCCAAUAAAGGUGUUGCAUGUCUUGGUCUGAGGAUCAGCUUUAAAAAUCAACAUCAAGGGGGUGUUUUGGAAGUCAGAGAUGUAAUGACAUAGCACCAUGUUUGUGGAAGCCUUCACGACGAAUGAUCUUUCUGCUUCUCCCCAUCAGGUUUGCAAUAUGAAUGCGACGCCAUGGACGCGAGCCCUUUCCGUGAUGUGACUGAGCUUGUCAAUGCAGACGCUAGAUGGAGAAAGAAAUACUGCGAUGAGGAUUUCAUCGCUGCCAAGUGCCCCAUCCCCCUGAUGACAUUGUCAUGUUCAAAUAAAGACCUUGUUUUUGCCCCGCCAAAGAGAAGGUUAUCCUGGAAGUCUGACCAGAAGAGGCCCAGCAUUGUCAUCUCAUCAAAAGAGGGAGAUAAAGGCAGUGGCAUCAAGCUAACAAAAUCUCAGUUGGAUGCUACUGACCUGAGAAGUACCAGUUCUACAUCUUCUGUGCAUAACGCAGAGGGGGGAGAUAAAGAACAUGAUGCCAUGGAGGUGACAGAGGCACAGACAGGCUCUACUGGCCAGACGGACACCAUCCAGGAAGAAGAAGAAGAACAAUAA